CCGACACUUGGUCACGUGACUCAUUUCGCGCACGGGCGAUAUGUUGCAAACAUGGCGAAACAUGCGCUUAUUUCGCAUUGACAGCUGCGCAACGAAGUGAAUGAAUGUCAACUUUACAGCGUCUAAAACUUCUUUUAAAAAAUGUCACUCGACAAGGCGAAGGCUUGUGACAUCUUGGGUGUUCCCAGAGGUGCCAGUGAGGCUGACAUCCGAGCAGCCUACAAACGUCUGGCGCUGAAAUGGCACCCGGAUAAACAUGCCAACGAUGACAUCGCCACCGAGAAAUUCCAAGAGAUCUCUGCGGCAUACAAAUGUCUGACGGCAGAAGACAAAACCGAAUAUGUUCUCACUAUGGAGGACAUGUUCGAGUUGUUUGCUCAGAUCUUCUUUGGUUCCAGAGCUUCCUAUAACGGUUACAUCGACACCAGUGAUGACGAUUAUGACGAUGACAGUGACGAGGAUUUCUGGGAAUCGGUGGAGUCCAAACGAAGAACCUUUCACAGAAAAACAACAGAAUAUUCCUACACAGCAAACAGACCAACUGAGAGUGAGGCGAGCAAGAAUGCCGAGGAGUUGAUGCAAGAGGAGGAGCGGCAGAAGAAAUCUCGGGAGAAGCGGAAAUCCAAGAAGAAGCGGCAGCGGGAGAAAAAGCGCGAGGAGAAAGUCAAGCAGGAAGAGGAGGAGGCCAAGAAGGCGGAGGAGAAACGACGGAAGGCGGAGUUUUUACAAAAAGCCAAAGAGUCGGCUGAGAAGGCCAGACGAGAAGCAGAGAAAAAGCAGCAGAUGUCCCAGUCUACCAACUCGCAGAUUCCUCACCAGGGUACAACAAAGUCCACGUCUACCAGUAAAGUUAACCACGACACUAUUUCCAACAAUUUCAAUUCUACAAAAAGUAGAACCAGAGCUCCCAAUGAUGUCAAAGUCAAAACUGGGACGACGGGCAGUAGGGUGCGAGUACCCUCGGACUCCGUUGCAGAUGACGACAUCUUAGGGUGGGACCAACACAGCGCUUUCUUCGCUGGGGCGGCGGCCACCGUCAAGAGGUCAACGACCUCGGCCCCCACGGCUGCCAAGCCCGAGAAGAACAAGAAGAAGGGCGGGGCUAAGGGCCAGAAUGAGGAGGCGGAAUCGAUCGACAACAUGGAUCCUAUUGUUUUACAAAGCAGACAAACUGCAGUUAAAGGGAAUGAAAUGGCUAAUUUGGGACACUACAGUGCAGCUAUAGAGCUAUUUACUCAAGCGAUUGAAUUGGAUCCAAGGGAUUUUAGAUUUUUUGGUAACCGUUCUUUUUGCUAUGACCGACUAGAACAGUAUGAAAGUGCUAUAAAAGAUGCAAAUCGAGCUAUUACUUUAGCCAAGGAUUGGCCAAAGGGAUAUUUUAGAAAAGGUCGUGCAUUGGCUGGCCUUAAGCGUUUCGGUGAAGCUGAAACUGCAUUUGAGCACGUCCUAAAAUUGGAUAAAAAUUGUGAGGACGCAGUGGAGGAGUUGCACAAGGUCCGAGUCUAUCGACUUAUGGAGAUGGGCUUCAAUCGGCCCCAGAGCGACGCCGCCAUCCGUCAAUACGGCUCGGUCCAGGCCGCCCUCGACGCCCUGCUCACCAACGGCGUAGAGGGCGUCAUCAACUCCUUCCCUGACGAUGUGUACAUCUCGGACGAGGAGGAUUACAUUACAGAAACCAUUGAACGCAGUAAACUCGAUUCUUGCAAUCCAUUGAAUCUACGCUCCCUAUGGGUCGGCAAUCUCCAUUCUACCAUAUCCGAGAAACAACUGAGAGAUCUUUUUGGGCCUUUUGGUGAAAUAGAGAGCCUUCGUCGCCUUCCGGACCGGUUUUGUGCCUUUAUUAACUACAAACGUCCAGAGGAGGCGGCCAGAGCUCUGGAACAACUUCAGGGCGUGGAGGUAGGCGGGCGCUAUCUUUUGAUAAAAUUCCCGGACAACCCAAUUGUGGAAGGCCAGCCACGCACCACGGUGUUGAAGAAAACCAACGUCGCCGCCGCCGCGGGCAAACAGCCGCAGCCCAAAAUUGCUCAGCCGGUCAGCCAAACACAGAACGAUGCAAGUGGCAACAAGGUGACAGGUCCCGUCAACGGCAAUGAGUGUUACUUCUGGCGGACCACUGGCUGCGUCUUCGGCGACCGUUGCAAGUACAAACACCUGAAACAGUCCAAAGGAGCCGAUCUCAAGCCCUGGCAGAAAGUAGUUUACGAUAACUGACCCGAUUCCUACCAAAUUCGACAUCAGGAAGGAUCCAGUUGAUUCAAGUUGAAAGUAAAAGAAAAUUUCAUCGUCUGCUUUUCGUGAUUAAAAAAAAAUAUUUAAAAUUCAAAACAUAAUGCAAAAAAACCAAAUGCUCAUUUUCAUGUUACCAAUUGUUGGAUUUGAUUUUUUUCGGUGUUCUUCCUGCUUGACGUCACGUGUGUGGAAUUCGGUAAAAACUUGUUGGUCAGAACAAAGAAAUAUGUUUUUAUGCAAGAAACUUGCCUCCGAAGCAGAGUUUUGUUUAUAUUUGCAAAAAUAUAAAUGAGCGGCAGUGAUGGCAAUGUAAAGAACUGAAGGGCAUUUAUUGGGCUACCGGCCGAGUAGCUUUGCAUUUUUGAAAACUGAUUAUUUUAUAGAGGAUUCAAACUUGGGUCUUGUGUUUCAGAAAAGGUGAUCGAACCAUCCAAAGUUACCGGCAACUGAAACAGAAAUGUACAAGUUUAAAAAAAAAAGAUUUUUGGAAAAAAAAUUGGUUCAGAUUUUUUGGUAAAAGUGUUGUUAAAAAAAUUUAAAAAUCUCACUGUACGUGAGAAACCUAUUCUAUUUACACUUGUCGUGGACAAUUACAGUAAAUAAUAACAAAUUUCGCCUUCGAUAUUUCAGAAAAGAAUAUGCCAAAGUUAAUGUCAAACGUGGACCAGGAGAUUUUGAAAUCCUUGCUCCUGUCUGGAAAUGCCGUUUUUCUUACUUUUGAAAGAAAAAAGGUCUUCAUUUUUAUUAACAUUAAAAUGCAAGGACAUGUCGAAAUGCUUGUUUCUUUCUUUGGCAAGCUUAAAAGGUGUUAUAUUUUGCUAAUUUUACCAGACCAAGUGUUUGUUGUUCGUUUCGUCGUUAACAAAUCUGUAAGCUAUUUCUUUGACGGUCUUUUCCGUGAAUGCAGUAGUUACUGAUAAGAAAUGCUAAUUUUCAGUGACCACUUGAGCAAAAUUGUGGGAAAGACCCAUUUUACUUUCUUUAGUUCUUGUGGAUUUUCUUUCCUUUAUUAGAGAAAGUACUCAGUCUUGAUGUUGUCUUUGCAUGAAUAUUACAUGUUUAACUUAUUAACGCUCUGCACAAGUACCCCCUCAACGGUUAGAAGGAGAAAGUUGGGUGGGCCACUGGAAGCAAUUGUUGAACGCGCAUUGCCGAGUUUUUCAGAGUUUUAACAAGUCACUGAAUUUUGUGACUC